UAACUAUGAAACCGGUAAGUAGAAGGGAGAAUGGAGUCAGACAGAAACAAUAUCAACUAGGAACAGAUAACCGGGAGCUGAAGUAGGGCGUAACCGUUACAUCCUGCUUUCCGAAAUUCCUCACCGAAGUUGUUCAAGUUCACACGCGUCACUCAUGUGAUCAAAUUUCGAACCAAGGCAACCUCCUGGCUCCUGCUAAGCAAAUAAAAUGAGUCUUAGAAAGAGCAAACUCGACUUACUUGUUCGCGUCCGGUAUUCAAAUCCACUCCCCGCGCCUCCAUGUCCACCAAAAUUAGUUGAUAUCCCCACAAAUCCUUUGCGCUAUGCGCAGCCAACUUUUAUCAACGUGGUCACCAACGACACACCUCUCCCGAUGAUCGUCGACGCCGAAUGCGGCAUGCCUUUAGAUCUUGGGCGAUGGGAAUAUCUUUGGGAAGAGAAUGGCAGCGAUGAUACACUGAAUCCUGACCCGGAUAACCUGCCUUCCCUUGACCCAAAGGACCGACUUCUUCUGGGUGAUCCCUCAACAUAUGCUACACCCUACACCAUACCCACAACAUCAGGGACAUCGACACCUCUCCCUCCACACGUACCCUGGCUCCGAAAGACGGAGUAUCUUAGCCGCGAAGGCGUACAACGCACUUCAUCAUCACACGAAUCGAAACAACUUCUGCAACCCAUUAAUGUCUCGCAUGAGGCACAGCUUCAAACCAUCGAAGCCGGUUUCACCGCUUCUACGUCCCUCGACCUUUCCGCACUUUCUCAUCCGAACAAGACUGGUGUCACCGCUAUCCAAUCAUACGACGUCCUCCCAGAUGCCGACAUCUGGGCGAACGCGUAUGAUUUAUUCCGCUUCAAUGAGCGCCCAGGCGAACGACCUAUAGACACGGAGGACCCACGGCUGGACUGUGCGAUUCUGCGUCCGAUGGAGAGCGAUGGUGACCACUUUUUAGCGUAUUACUUAACGAAGGAGGACGCCGAUGCCCUGGAAUUUAAGGAGGAGCGGUUCGCACUGAAGAGCGGUGAGGAGAAUAGUACAACGGCAUUCCACUUCGUACGCGACUAUGAGACCGUCAAAAUCGAACAAGAAGUGCCCAAUGAAUUUUUACUUGUCCUCGACAAUGGAGACGCAGGUGAGCGUGAGCCAGGCGCAUAUUACAAGAAUAUCGAACGCAAAAUGACACUCAAGAAGAAGCGGAUGAAUCAAAACGACACCUAUGCAGACAAAUGGCAAGUUGUGCACAUUUCGCACGUGGCUAUGAGUAGCGACGAACUCGAGGAGCGUAACGAGGCUCUCGCGGAGGUCGUAGAUCCACUAUACCUCUUUUCGCGCGACGCUGAGGGUGAGGUAGAUGCGGAUGGUGAAGUGGAUAUUGGGGGGAUAGAGAUAGGUGCAGAAGGAGAUACAGAAGGAGAUGGGGGAAUCAUGGCAGAAAUAUUUUAAUUUCGUACGUCAUCUCGGUCAUACAUCCAUCGCGUAGGACGCACUGCCCGCGCUGCACUCUGAUCGAUUAUACUUCUGCGUUGCUAAUGUACUGCACAGGCCCAUUUU